CCCGCUCCACUUCAGAGGCUGGGCGAAAGAGUGCGGAGCGAGGGAGGGAGAAAGGAAAGGAAGGGAAGGGAAAGGAAAGGAAAGGAAGAAAGAGAGCAGGCCGCGCAGAGUCUAGAUUUCCGAAAAACUGCGAGAGAGGAAGACGAAGAGGGACGAGGCCUCGUCAGUCUGUCAGUCAGAGACUGUGAACGCUGAUUCGAUUGAUCCGCACCGCGAGCGGAGGUCGAUUUGGGCUCGUCGCCCGGAUCUUUGCUUUCGGCAGCCUCUGCCUGCGCUUGUACACCACCACCACCACCAUCUCCUCCUCUUCUCGAAGUUUUUUCUCCGCUUCUUCUCUUCGGUCUUCGUGGAUUCUUCUUCGUUUUUGCUGCUCCUCCGGUUGAGCGGGGAGCUCGGAGCAGCAGGGGCAGCAUUGGGCUGAACAGCUGCGGUUCAAGCUCCUUGUACCGUGUCACUGGAGAGAGAAGAUUCCAUCGCGUCGGGCGUGCGCGGAGGUUCCGAUUUGAACUCAGGAUCUUGGCAUUGUGUGUUGAAGUCAGGGUGGUCGAGUUGAGUGAGUGAGUGAAGCCGAGGAGGGACGUGGACCCUAGAGGCCGAGCACUGUUUAGAGGUCCUGGUCCUAUUUUGAGGCACUAUUCGGGUCAUUGUGCUCUCACAUUCUCCCGUCUUGACACAUUCUCUGUGGAAAGACUCUGGCGUUUGUCUAGUUUCGGAGAUCCUCGACGUGCGGAGGAGGUCGCGAAUGGAGUAAGCAGGGGAAAACACUGGAAGCCGAGGGUAGCUGGAGUCUUUCAGAUAGGGUGCUGGUUUUGCAGACGGACAUUGUUCGUUGGAUUUCGUGCGCAAAGCUUCUUUGGUAGCCAAGCCUGGACGCCCUUCAUAAAAGCCGAGCAGGCUGUUGUGACCAACUAGCGUCCCGUCAUCGAUCUCGGAACUUGACACUCUCGCACACUGCUGUUCUCUCUGGGAGACUGGGGCUGUGGUGGUAUACUCUCAGUUGGCCUUCUUAACUAUUGUAUUCCGAGGCGCUGGGUCCAAGGCAGUGGAGCCCAAUGGGGCAACAACAGCAGCAGGUGGACACUACUUGUGGUUCCCUACUUCGAGAAUUGCAGCACAUUUGGGACGAGGUCGGAGAAAGUGAUGCGGAGAGGGACAAGAUGCUGUUGCAGCUCGAGCAGGAGUGUUUAGAAGUGUACCGAAGAAAGGUGGACCAAGCCAGUCACGCCCGGGCCCGCUUGCACCAAGCCUUGGCCGACGCCGAGGCGGAGCUUGCGAAUCUGUUCUCUGUUCUUGGUGACCGACCCACUCAAUGGGAGAAACGGACGGGCACUCUGAAGGAGCAAGUAGCCGCGGUUGCGCCACAGCUGGAGGAACUGCGAGCAAAGAAAGAGGAGCGGGCUAGACAAUUUGUAGAAGUUAAAACCCAGAUUCAAAAGAUUAUUGGUGAAAUUUCAGGGACACCAGUGACCGACACUGCUUCCCUGAACACAGUUGAUGCCGACUUGACCCUUAGAAGACUGGAUGAGUAUCAUGCUCAGCUGCAGACUCUGCAGAAGGAAAAGAACGACCGACUUCUUCAGGUGUUGGAGUACGUGAACGUCGUCCAUGAGCUAUGCGCUGUGUUGGGCAUGGAUUUCUUUAAGACUAUCACCGAAGUCGACCCGAGUUUGGAUGACUCCACUGGCGGCCAGUUGAAGAGUAUCAAUAACGAGACACUGGAGAGACUUGCUAAGUCUAUUCACUUGCUGCAGGAUGAAAAGAAGCAGCGCAUUCAAAAGCUUCAAGACCUGGGUACGACAAUGCUUGAGCUCUGGAAUCUCAUGGACACCCCAGCGGAUGAGCAACAAAUGUUCCAACACAUAACGUGUAAUAUUGCCGCCUCUGAGUAUGAAGUGACUGCACCCGGUGCUCUUACCCUGGACGUAAUUGAGCAGGCCGAGAUUGAGGUUGAAAGGUUAGACCAACUGAAAGCCAGUAAGAUGAAGGAGCUCGUACAAAAGAAGCGGACGGAACUGGAGGAAAUCUGCAGGCGAGCACAUAUGGAGCCUGAUGCCAGUACUGCUCCGGAUAAGACGAAUGCGCUAAUUGAAUCUGGAAUUGUGGAUCCUUCAGAGCUUUUGGGAAGCCUGGAGGAGCAAAUAGGAAAGGCCAGGGAGGAGGCUUACAGUAGAAGAGAGAUUAUGGAGAAGAUGGAAAAAUGGCUAGCUGCUUGUGAGGAAGAAAGUUGGCUAGAAGAUUACAACAAGGAUGAUAACAGAUAUAACGCGAGUAAAGGUGCCCACAUCAAUCUCAAGCGUGCAGAACGAGCACGGGCUACUGUGAAUAAACUACCUUCGUUGGUGGAGUCUCUCACAUCAAGAACUAGAGCAUGGGAAGAAGAGAGAGGAACUCCUUUCUUAUACGACGGGGUUCGAUUGCUGGCCAUGUUGGACGAGUACAACUUCCUCAGACAGGAAAAGGAAGAAGAGAAAAGGAGAGCAAGGGAUCAAAAGCGUCUCCAAGAACAGCUGAUGAACGAGCAGGAGGUUUUGUUUGGUUCUCGACCAAGUCCCAAUAAAGGUGGUAUGAGUGCUAAGAAAGCCGGUGGUGGCCUUCGGGCAAACGGUAACGGUGGUACUACCCAAGCUAACCGGAGACUCUCCCUCGGAGGUGCAAUGCUGCAACCCUCUAAUCCGGAGUUAUUGAUGCCGAGAGUUAACGGCGUGACUCCUUCAAGAUUGAGCUCAAUAAAUGGAGCCAAGAGCGGCAAGUUAACACAACGACCCACAGCACCAUUGAACUAUGUUGCCAUAAACAAGGAGGAUACUGCCUCACUUGCAUCAGCAGGUGGGUCUGAUCCCACCUCCCCCCAGGCUGGAUAAUCCCCUCCCACGCGCCUCGACUAUUGGCCCGGUAUUCCCUGAAUGUGGAUCUGGAAACUUCUCGAACGGAGGACCACAUCCGCAAAAGGGAGAGCAACGUUGCCCUCUUUCCCCUGUCUCUGGAGCUGCGCCUCAGUCGAAUGGGCAUUCUUUUGAAGACAGCUCAACUAGGCAGAGCUGUAGCAGCCCAGGCAAGUCAUCCGGCAGAAGUCCCGAGUCUUCACCGGGGCGGACGGGUGAAUGGGUAGACCGCGAGAACACCACACCAAGUUUGCAAGAGUACUCUUUUGAGGAACGAAGAGCUAGUAUUCUGCAGGGAGAACUGGGGACAACGUUCUGGCAGGUUGGCAACUAAAUGACUCUUGCUUUUGAAGUCUUUGGUUCAAGGCGGGAGGAUUGGAGUUGGAAGGCCAACGUUUUCUUACUUGAGUGUGGUGUAAUUUUGUUAGAGGCGGUGUGUACGGAUAUCACAAAAUUUAGCGUGGAAGCUCCCUGUAUGACCUGACCAGUGUAGAUUCUCCGAGCGUGCCAAAGUGCAGCCACUUUCUGCACUGCUUAAGCCAACGUUGGUUGGCUCCUUCCACAGUUUCGUAGGAAAUGGAUGUUUCCAGUGCUGUAACUCUAACUUAUCUGCAUCAUCAUCAUCAUCUCAUCCGCAACCCAUAGUCACAAAGCGGGGCGGUGGCAUGAACGCCGAAGUUUCCUUAGUACUAAAAGGAGCGGGGUGUGAGGUUGAUAGAAUUUUGACGAGACUAGGGGUUCAUCUAGACAGCUUGCCUUGCCAGCUAAUGAACGGCACCUAGGACCUCGGUACUCUGAACUGUGUCAUUUACUGUAUAUACAUCCAAGUCUUAAACCAUGAUUAAGUACCAUGAGCAAGUGCAGGUGGCUUAUGAACUGACUGAUGACACCGUCAAGCAUGUACCAGCUAGAUUAGCUCAUGCGUAGAUGGCCAGCUGCCUGAGUGUCUUCGAAGUCCCAAUCAUGUUUGAUGCUAUUACACUACAUCAUGAGUCGAAAUAUAGUCUACGGAGUACCACCAACUUUCUGCAUUGUGAUCAACUGCGCUCAUCUCCUAGAAUUCGUGGGAACCUUCAGGCUUAAGAUGUAGGAACGAAUGUAAUAUACUUCCCUUUUAAUGAUGCGAGUUUGCCC